AUGCACCCUUCUGCAUUCCAACGCGUGGCGACGCCUAGGUCCGCUAUGGCAAGCCUGCCCGCGACAGACGACUUCCCCAGUCAAUACCAGACCCGCCCCCUGACCGCGCAGGGAGUCACCUCGUCGAUGCAACACACCGAACAAAUCGCCACCAGCCGUGACGACGCCCUUACCGGGCCAGGACGCCCCGGCUCCGCCUCCUUUGCAGACGUGACCGCAGGUAGACGCAGCGCCUCCCCGCGUCUCGACACUGAACUCGACGCGACCGCGACCUUACCUGCCGUCGCCCAAGUCGUCCUGAUCCCGGGCGACCACGGUGCACCCGAGACCGAGCUCGCGCCCGCAUCCGCGCCCACGCCCGCGGCUGGCCUUGGACCCGCCCCGACUCCAGUCCCCGCCGAGGACGGAUGGGUCCAGCCCUCUCCGAACCCUGAGACAGUCGACCCAUCCUAUCGCAACCACCCCGCGACCUCGCCACAGAUCCUUCCGGGCCCAGCGCUCCCCACACACCUCCACCCGUCCGCGGAUGUGGACUGGGACGCCAGAGACGAAUCGAGCUGGAACCAGCCGAAUUUCCAGACAAGCUUACGCUGGGACGACGGCGUGGGUCAACACUUUCCUGCGCGUGAUCAGCGGGUUGCGGCUGGCUCAGACGACGGUAGCUACGGCGCCCCCUCCUUGGACGAGGCUAUUAGAAACCUCCCGCCUUCGCUCGAAGCCUCCUUCUUCGACCCCCCGGCUGUCGUAAUGGCUCGCAUGAUGGACGAAGUUCCUCAGGGCCCCCCACUGGCCGCGCCGACCCCGCAGCUUCAGCACCCUGUUCCAAUCAGGCCCUCCGCCCCAGCACCCAUGCCCACGUUGCCUGACGACACGAGCACCUUCGCGGCGCCGUGGGCCCGACACCCGGAGCAGACAAACAGCUUCGAGCAGCAUAGCUACAACACGUUCCACGCGUCGCUGCGCCAAACGGGCCCGGAGAUCCUAGUAGAUGUCACUACAAAUGUCCACCCUCCUCACCCCACUCCAAAGCCUCCCUUCACACCCACAGGGGCUCCAGAAGGAACUGCAGGUCCGAGCCGUCUCCCCGAGGCACCGUCGACUCCCCGGCACGCCAGCCAUCGCGACGACCGCGCCCUCUCACGGGCAUCGGUGCUCUCUUACGUCGCCAUCCAGCGCGGAACACAACCCGCACCUAUCGACGUCGAUGCAAUGGACGUUGACGAGGCACCCCCGGCCCCCGCGGGCCAGCCCGCAUAUCAGGCCCAUGCCCCGCAACGACCCGCCCCAGCCCCCGCGGCGGCGCCUCACCGCGCGGCAGCUCGUCCAAUUUUCCACCACCCACUCCUCGACGACCAAAACAUCAUCGCCGGCCCGCUCGCGCCCAGUGGCAUCGACUGGCUUAACGCCGACUACACGCGGGCGCCGCCGGACGGAUGGAAGACGAUCCAAUUCCUCUCGCUACGUGACGUCCUGAAAGGCCAGGAUCCCCAACAGGCGAAACGGUGGAGAGAGAUCGCGAGGCUGCACCGCUGCGUCCUCGUGCAGAUCGCGGCCUGCGGGGCAGGCAACAAUGACCCCGCCGGCUGGCAGCGCGUCACGCUCCUAAAGGAGAUGUGCCUAGUCCUCCUCGGAGUGGGCCGCCACCAGUUCCUCGGCCCACAGGCCGAGGACGGCGCGCCCUCCGGUGACAAUGUCCCUCCAUACUUCAUACUCAUCAAAGACCUGACUCCGGUCCAACAAGCCACGAUGCUAGGAUGGGUCUGGAAGUCGUCUAAAUGGCUCUCGGCAAACUUCAUACCGUUCCCUACCCCCCUCCCGACGUACCUUGCCACCUGGGAAGGCGCCACGGCCUUCGCGUCUCUGGGUCCCGAAGACGUAGAAGACAUGCUCGCGGCCGGCUUCCAGCGCGACCCGCUCCUCUCCGCCACGGUCCGCGCGAUCACAAACGACAAGCAAUCCGGCGCCGCCGGGAAAUGGGGCGACACCCCUACUGCGCACGCCUUCCACUCCACCGUCAACUCCAUCAGAGUGCGGGUCCUCGGCCGCCUCUGGGGUAGAGACAACGACCUCGCUCCCCUCUAUGUCAUGUACUGCGACCCACCCACGGCCGACCCGCGCGAAUGGGAAGACUUCCGUGACGUGGUCCGCGCGCACUCCUUCGGCGUCGAUGGCGGUCGAAGCCCGGACCUCUUCAGGGACGACGUCGAGUGCAGGAUCUGCCACUCGGCCGACCAUAGCGUUGGCUUGUGCGACCUCGACGAAGUCGAAGGCUGGAACGGCCCUCGUCGUGACCUCUUCUCGACGACACCACCAAAGGAACCUCGAGGAAACAAGGGCAAGCAGCGAGGCGGCAAGCAGCCAUCUCAAGGUCGCGGCGGCCGUGGCCGUGGACGUGGAGGUCGUGGCGGCCGCGGAGGAGGCGGUGGUAGGGCGGCCUCCGGCCAGAGCCUCGACCCUGCCACGAAGGCCGCUCUCCUGCGCAGCGCCAGGGGCAAUGGACGACGGUAG